AUGGGCAAUGUGUCAAAAACUGCCCUGUUUGUAUCCACAAUCUCCAGACAGCAAGACAUCCUCAUGGGAUCAAUUUAUUCAGUGUUCUGUGUCUUGUCGCUCCUGGGAAAUGGCAUACUGCUGUUUGUAGCCUACCGUAAGAGGUCAUCUUUGAAGCCAGCAGAGUUUUUCGUUGUGAACUUGUCUGUGAGUGAUCUAGGGAUGACCCUGUCUCUGUUUCCUCUGGCCAUCCCAUCUGCUCUAGCACACAGGUGGUUGUUUGGGGAGGUAGCAUGUCUGUGCUAUGCUGUGUGCGGGGUUUUAUUUGGCUUAUGCAGCCUAACAAACCUGACUGCUUUGUCUUCAGUAUGCUGUCUCAAAGUCUGCGUCCCAAAUUACGGUAACAAAUUCUCAUCCAGCCAUGCUUGUGUGAUGGUGGUUGGGGUUUGGUGUUACGCCUCUGUCUUUGCUGUGGGACCUUUGGCCCGGUGGGGCAGUUUUGGACCAGAACCGUACGGAACCGCCUGCUGCAUAAACUGGUACACUCCAUCCCACGAUGCCCUAGCCAUGUCUUACAUCAUCAGUCUCUUUAUUUUUUGUUAUGUUAUUCCCUGUACCAUCAUCAUCCUCUCUUACACCUUCAUCCUACUGACAGUGAGGGGGUCUAGCCAAGCCGUUCAACAGCACGUCUCACCACAAACCAAAGUGUCCAAUGCACACGCUCUUAUUGUCAAGCUGUCAGUGGCUGUGUGUAUUGGCUUCCUUACGGCUUGGAGCCCGUAUGCCAUUGUUGCCAUGUGGGCUGCGUUCAGUGCCAAUGAGCAGGUCCCACCCACCGCUUUUGCGCUGGCAGCCAUCCUGGCCAAAUCUUCCACCAUUUACAACCCUAUGGUUUAUCUCCUCUUCAAACCCAACUUUCGCAAAUCACUGAGUAAGGAUACCCAAACCAUCCGCCACAGGAUUUGUUUGAGCCAUAGUAAAGCCAGUCCCACAGCAGGAGUAAAGGAUCGGCAGGUACAGAACUUUCAGCAGUGCAACAAUAAGGAUGCCAGCACCUCCACACCCUUUUCCAGUGGACAUGCAGAGAGUUAUGGGGCAUGUCAUGUCUCUGUAGAAGCAGAGCCACGUCUUCAGCAAAUAAGUCCUCAGAGAACUGCGCGUAUUCUGGAGGGCACCGUUCAGAGUGAAAUUCCAGUGAGACAACUGACUGACAGAAUGCAAAAUGACCUCCUGUGAGAGAUACUCAAUAAAGAAAGAAUGCAUAAAAUGUAAGGAGGGAAAGGAUGAUAAAACUUGUAAGAAUCACAGAUGUCCUUAGAUGCCCAAACACAAGGACAAAGAAAGCUGAGGAGAAGGAAUAAAAAAAAUCUCCCUGUUGUUUCUGGAUUCUUAUUGAUCCUCAGAACUUCCUGCUGAUUUCACCAAUGUUUACUGAACCAAAU